ACCCCUCCUCGAGGCUCGGCCCCGCCCUGCUCCUCACACGGCGAUGGCGCGCAGGAGACGCGUCGCGCUGCUCCCGCCGGCGGGCGGCCGCGUUCCCUCAGUCAAAGCUGGAGGUGUGAGAGUGUCUAAAAAGCAUGAAGCCGUUCCUGCUGGGAGAAACACGAGGCCCCCGGGAAAAGACAAGACCAGUAUGGUCAGUAUUUCAAGAAUUCAUCACGUGGAUGUCAUGCUGCGCAAAACACGGCCUCACUGCAGAAUGGAGGGAAGAGGUUCUCUGCAGGAAGAGAGAGAAGCCGUGUCCUGAGCUGCCUUUGUUCUGGGUCAGGUCUCCAGUUCCUGAGCUGCUGGAGUCAAAAUGAAGGAAGUGGCAGACAGCGAACCACUGCUGGUGUGCCCCCAAGAUUCGUCUCCGUGUUGCUCUGCCUCUCAAGGCAAGCGUGCCAGAUGUUCUCGUGAGGAUGCCCUUGUUCUGUGUCAGCCCUCCACUUGUUUCUGAGCACACACAUGGGUCCUCUUUUGUGCCCCUCACAGACAUACUGAAAGAUGCUGCAUGAAAUGCAUGCACAGCAUAGAAAAUGUUCUAGAAUACUCUGGCAUUGUAGUAAUUAUUUGGUAGUUAAACUCAGUUUUUCAUGAUGAAUUGAACACGAACAUAAAUCAGUUUGCUCAGCAAACCGUUUCAGUUAUUUAUAAAUCUA